AUGCAACACAUUCAAUUCACCCAAAACGAUGAUUAUCCAAUGAUCUUUCCAGUGGAUAUACGUAAAGUACCGAAGAGUUUAGAAGAAAUCGUUCGUAUUACCAAAUUCAAUAAGUCAGAAAUACGAUUACUGUACAAAGGAUUUAAACAGGAAUGUCCGAGUGGCGCGGUAACUGAGUCGGAAUUUCAAGCGAUUUAUUCGCACUUCUUUCCACAUGGAAAUUGCCAGAAUUACACACGUUUCUUAUUUCGUGUGUUGGAUCGACGGAAGCGGAUGUAUUUCACAUUUGAAGAUUACAUUCAAACACUAUCCAUUUUGGUCCGUGGUAGUACAAAAGAAAAACUCCAUUGGAUCUUUCGCUUCUAUGAUAUUUCCGACGAUGGUAAACUGACUAAACAAACUUUUACGACGAUUCUUCGAUCGAUAUACGAUCUUCUUGGAUCGAGUAUGUUCGUUCAUCAACCGAUUACAGAUGAAAACAUUGAGAAGCAUUCGGCACUUAUAUUUGAUAAGCUCGACUCUCAUCAUUCAGGAACGAUUAAUCUUGACGAUUUCGAAAGCUACUGUUUGCAUGAUGUACAACUCGUCGAAACAGUCGAGUUUCUCUCCUCGAAUUUAGUUUGA